GUGCUGGCCGUGGGCAGUGCCGUCUUCGAUGCCAUGUUCAACGGGGGGAUGGCUACCACGUCCACGGAGAUCGAGCUGCCCGACGUGGAGCCCGCCGCCUUCCUGGCCCUUCUGAAGUUCCUCUACUCAGACGAGGUGCAGAUCGGCCCCGAGACGGUCAUGACCACCCUCUACACCGCCAAGAAGUACGCCGUGCCCGCGCUCGAGGCCCACUGCGUGGAGUUCCUGAAGAAGAACCUGCGGGCGGACAAUGCCUUCAUGCUCCUCACGCAGGCUCGACUGUUCGAUGAGCCGCAGCUGGCCAGCCUGUGCCUGGAGAACAUCGACAAGAACACUGCUGACGCCAUCACCGCCGAGGGCUUCACCGACAUCGACCUGGACACCCUGGUGGCCGUCCUGGAGCGCGACACACUGGGCAUCCGCGAGGUCCGCCUGUUCAAUGCCGUCGUGCGCUGGUCAGAGGCCGAGUGCCAGCGCCAGCAGCUGCCGGUGACGCCCGAGAACAAGCGCAAGGUCCUGGGUGCGGCCCUGGGCCUCAUCCGCUUCCCGCUGAUGACCAUCGAGGAGUUCGCCGCAGGCCCCGCACAGUCUGGCAUCCUUAUGGACCGCGAGGUGGUCAGCCUCUUCCUGCACUUCACCGUCAACCCCAAGCCGCGGGUCGACUUCAUCGACCGGCCGCGCUGCUGCCUGCGUGGGAAGGAGUGCAGCAUCAACCGCUUCCAGCAGGUGGAGAGCCGCUGGGGCUACAGUGGGACCAGCGACCGUGUCAGGUUCUCGGUGAACAAGCGCAUCUUUGUGGUGGGGUUCGGCCUCUACGGGUCAAUCCACGGGCCGACUGACUACCAAGUGAACAUCCAGAUCAUCCACACCGACAGCAACACUGUCCUGGGGCAGAAUGACACGGGUUUCAGCUGUGACGGCUCUGCCAGCACCUUCCGCGUCAUGUUCAAGGAGCCUGUGGAAGUGCUGCCCAAUGUCAACUACACGGCCUGCGCCACACUCAAGGGCCCCGAUUCGCACUACGGUACCAAAGGCCUGCGCAAAGUGACCCAUGAGUCACCCACAACGGGCGCCAAGACCUGCUUCACCUUCUGCUACGCCGCGGGCAACAACAACGGUACAUCCGUGGAGGACGGCCAGAUCCCUGAGGUCAUCUUCUACACCUAGUGACCAAGGCCUGCUGCAGGCCCCGCCCGGGCACACAGCCUUCCCUCAGAGUGGGGAGGGGGCUCCGCCCGGGAGCCUGCACCUGC